AUGGAAGAAUCGUUGUUAGAGGAGUCUGCGCUCUUAGCCCAAGCUGAUGAAGUAAUUGAUCCAGCACUCCAGGUAGAAACAUUGAAGCAAGAAAUCGCAAAUCUCAAAGCCGAGCUUGCACGUGCAUCGCAAAAGAAUCGUCCUGAAUCAGCACAAGCACCUGAGCAGUCUUCCCUCAAGCAUGCUCCUACCACACAAGAGGCGUCAAAGAUUUCUUCCUGCGAUUUCCUUCGCAAACUCCUUGUCGAAAUUAGAGUCGAACUUUAUCGGAACCUGCUCAUCAGUCCAAUUUUCGGUGAGCCAGAGUCCGUACACUCACAUCGAGAACUUGGUCUUACUCCCGGCAUCCUCGGAACAUGCCGCCAAUUCUACCACGAAGGUAUGCCUAUUCUGUACGGCGAGAAUACUUUCUACAUAUCAUGUUCCUGGGACACAAGUGAUAUUGAACAACGAUGUUGUUGCCGCCCACACUACUGGACACCAAAGGAUAACCCAUGGGAUAUUCACCGGCAAGGAUGUCUGUUCGUUCGAGACAACUUCAAUCGAUCCCCCAUCACGCGGUCUCUAAAUGCUGCAAAGUAUAGAAACAACCAUGUGCAAAUGGGCAACAUUUCGGCCGUCAAGUAUAUCAAACACUGGAAGGUUAUCAUUAACACUCUUUUAGAGUCCGAGAAUGAGGAUACUGACAGAUGGUGUGCUAUUGACUUUUGUCAAGCAGUCUGCAAAGCCACACCCAAGUCGCUGGAGAUUGUCAUAGUACAUGAAGACUCAGAUUCUGCGACUCGAUGGAAUGGCGUCUAUCAGACUCUAGAGGCUACUCUGGAACCUUUCAAGCUUCUCCGAAAUCUAAAGAAGUUGAAUUUCAGAACCGCUGACUUGUCUGAUAUCGUAGUAGGAAGAGGUAUCUAUCGGAUGUUGGAAGCACCAAACGUCGAUUUAUCUCAAUUGCUUUCAACUGAGCAGCAAGAUGCACUGCGCCAGCUUAUGACUAGCAACGCGGAGAUUGAACGUCCACAGGAUAUGUUGACCCCGCUGCUUGCCUACGCACAAGCUUUUGAAAGAUACCAGAUGUUCAAGUUGCAGAUGGGUCUGAGCCUGGAUGAGGAAAGUCGUGUUGCCCAAAAGCUGGGUCCUGACUUCGACGAUAUCAUUGCUUCCGAGUUCGCUAUCACCAAUCCGUUCUGCGGUCGCAAUCCGCAUACAGUUGAAGCAGAAUUGCUUAGUGCCAUGAAUGCGGUCUCUAGGAACAGCAUGGAUGACUUCAAACGGUACAGAAGCGUGAUUCUUGCGUAUCUAGAGGACCAAUAUCAAGCAGUCUGUUCAGCUCGGAUCAAGUUGUCCGGUUAUAUCCAAGGGGAAAUGACCCAAAGAGGAUUAUUCAGUACCACCGACGAUAUUGGAGAGCAAAACCCCUACAUACGCUCUCUGGAGACAGACUUUCGCGCAAAGUGGCUACUUAUGCUCGAAGAUUACGCGGACUCUUUCCGACGCCAUAUGCCCUUCCAGACUAGAGUCAAUUGGAACAGGAACAAGCGACGACUGGAAAACCUGUACAAUGCAAUGCCAAGAGAGCUUGCUAUCAAUCAGAUGCACCAAAUGUUUGAAGUUGACAAAUUUCAAGGAUUCUUAUCCGUUUUUAAGGCAGCAUUUGAGGACGUGGAGAAACAAUUCUUUGACAUCUGCAAUGCACGAGAACGACUCUUCAUUUGCGACAUCACCGAAGAUUAUGGGUUAGACUGGGAAAUGUCUAUGCCAACAGAGAAUGACAAGGAGCGUGUCAUAUGGAACGUCAAUGUUAAGCGUUCUGGACCAACUCUUGAAGCAUAUCGUACUCAUCAUGCAAUUCGUUGA